AUGGAAUCAGGGAAAAAACCAACCCCCUUUCUUUAUAUGAAUGAGUGCAUUCAAUGUCAAAGCGCCAAAAAUGGUGGCGUAGAGGCAUUUAUUGCUCACUUGGCUUUUGAACACAGCAUACCAACAGAAUGGCCGAGCGAUAGAGCUGCCAGGUUAACCGGUGCAGAAGCAGAAAAGCCUUACACGACGGUUGCUGCCACCCGCAAAAAACGAAGGAAACUGACAACACCAAGGCCGCUUAAUAGUUUUAUGGUUUUCGCUCAGCAUAUUCGCCGAAAUGUUUUGGCUAUGUUUGACACAGCUUCAAGUUCAAAUGUAAGCCGGUUACUGGGUGAAGCCUGGAAUUUAAUUCCUAAAGAAAUACGAGCUUUGUACGAUGAAGAAGCUGCUCGAUUAUCGAAAAUUCAUAAUAUUGAAUUCCCAACUUAUAAGUAUCAACCGAAACCUCGUCAGUGGCAGCCAAGCAGCAUUGCUGCAUCCGCCUCUCCUUCUGCAAGCAAUCUAGACGAGUCGUCUCCAAUCCGAGCUCAUCCGUCAUCAGUUUCAGCUCCCAUUUCCUGGCUUUCUUCUUCAGCCGUCUUGGCGAUUUCCACGCCUACUAUCACAUCAUUCGAACGCCCUUCGUCACCACUUAUGAUUAAAGCGGAACCCCCUAGCUCUUCUCCACAAACAUCGCGAUCAUCCUCUUGCCUCUCUUCUUCUUCUUUUCCGACACAAUCAAAUGUGGCAGUUCAUGACAUUCAUCUGCCAUCUGUCCAGUUGUGUACUUCUCAGUCGACUUCCAAAUUAAUGAAAAUAGCACCGGCGACGCCAACGCCCAUUGCGCCUCCCAGAACAGUCACCAAAUCGGAACCUCUGGGGUACUUGGAACAAAAUUCAAAUGAUCCAUUCUCACCCUGUCUUUCGACCUCUUCGCCUCUCUCUCGAACGCCAUCUCCUGCUCAGCAGUUUAACUCUAUGCAAGAGAAUGCUAUUUCACAGGUAAAAAGCCAGUUGCCGCAGAAACUUCGUAUUGAGACUGAAGCGCAACAGACGCUCGCGUCUGAUCUGACAGUGCUACACAAACUGAUCAACCAGGCAGCUACCAGCUCUCAACAAAUACAACAACCCCAAGGGCAGAGCGACUCAAAGCCUUGUAUCCUUCUGACUCCAAUUCAGUCCGAUAUCGGACAGCAGGCUAUUAUCUCGUGCGGCCAGUCCUCAACCGUGCCCACUUUGCUUACUUGUGGCAGUACAAUCUACGUUGCUCUCACGGUCCUGCCAUCACCACUUGAAUCAACAUCUGAGGUGCGGAUUCCGGUGAACCAAGAGCAGACAAUACUUGAGAGGCAGCGGUUGACGGCGAAUAACAAGAGUCUUUCGAGCUCUAAUUUAAUCAAGCUGGUGCGCUCUUUGGAUGCAACUCAAAUGCAGUCCACCGCAAACAGUCGUUUGGGCGAGCUGUUGCGAGCAGCGGCGGCAGUUGCAACUACUACUAGCCAGUGA